UUCUUCUUUUUCGGCUUCGGUGGUUCAAGUUUUUGCCGUGGUCGUUUGUUGUGCGCGGAAAUUUGUGAAUUUUUCGUAGAAAUUUAUGUAUUUUUGAAGUGAAAACUGUUUCAGUUUGUGCGCUUAAGAUCGCACUAUCGGUGGUGUGUAUUUUUGUGUGAUUGUUUGGUGAAAUUAUCAAGUAUUUGUUGUGUGGGUUUCUGCGGCUCUCUAUUGUGCUGUGAGCCGAGUAGCAGUGAACUGGAUCUUACUGGAUUUGGAGCAGAUUUUCGUCGUGAUCCGGAUAUUGGAAUCGAUCAAACUUCCAACAUACUUGCUUUGUGACAUUACGGAAAACCUUCGAGAUGGUCGACUCGCAGGACACGAAUCAGACCUAUGGGCACCAGGAUUCGCAUGCAGUUGACGAAUGUGAUGCUGCUCAACUGAUCCAGAUUCCGACAAAUGAGUUGAUGGACCUUGACAGCGAUAUACUGCUGGACUACCACGACGUGCUUAAGAUUGAAUCGAUGGAAGGAGCCUUGCUGAUGCAGGACCAGGAGUUGGACCAGAAGCUCACCGUCAUUCAGCAAACGCCGGCGGUGAUGGCUCUGCUGGAGCAUUUGGACCGUACUCCCACGUUGGAUGAACUGGAAAACCCGGCAUACAACUUCAACGUGGAGCUCAGCGGCGAGACCAGCGGCAAGUCCAGCUGGAUGUUCUCCGCGCGGUUGAACAAAGUCUUCGUCAAGAUGGAUCAGGCGUGUACGUUCAACAUCUCGUACCAGACCUUGACCCACCAGGAGCUGUACUUGCGGGUGAUGAUGGUUUGCUCGGCACCGGAAGACAUGCAUCAGCCGGUGUACAGAUGCGAAAACCAUCGAGGAGGCGGUAACAACAAUGCGAAGGUCCCCGACGAGGUGAAAGCGCACGUCAUGCGUUGCUUCAACCCGUCCGCUCGGUACGUCGGUACCGAGAACGGCGUUGCCUUCAAGGACCGUCUAGCGGUCCUCAUUCCUCUCGGAAUGACCGCCCAGGAACAGGUGGGCCUGAACGUGUCUCUCCAGUUCGUCUGCCAGAAUUCGUGCCGGAUUAUCAACCGUCGGGCAACGGCCGUUAUCUUCUCGCUAGAAGACGCCCAGGGCCAAAUUCUAGGCAAAAAGUCACUGCACCUGAAGGUGUGCAGCUGCCCCAAGCGGGACAAGCUCAAGGAAGAGGAAGGCAUGGCCCCGACCAAGCGUAAGAGCGAUACCCAGCUGCAGGCGCCUCCGGGAAAGAAGGUCUCCAAGGUGACCUCCGUUAAGCGUCACCUGGACCAGCACCAGCGUCGCCACACGCCGUCCCCAACCAGUGGCAAGCUGGCCUUUAUCAAGAAAGAAAUGUCGUCCGAUUCGUUGGACCGCUACCAGAAGGCCCGCUCCAUCACCCCGUCCAACAGUCAGGAGAUGGUGCAACUAAAUGGCAUUCCGGUUACCGUUAUGUUGCCGUCGGUGGAAAUGGCCCACAAGGUGGCCGAGUAUGCCUUCCAAGUUGUGGCCGCCGAGCUGGUGAGCAGCGGCCCCAACGAACCAAACGAGGAAUCUAGGAAGCUGGCCGCCUAUCUGACAAGCAUUCGCCGGGUGCAGAAGAGCCUAUCUACCGGUCGCACAGGCAUCAAUACCAACGCAUCAACAGACUCAGAGUAGCUCAGCGGAACAGCUCACACUUUUUAGGCUUAAAGUAUUAUCCUAAGCAGAAAGACAAAGUUUAUUCGUAGUUUUCCAACGUUAAGGAAAAGUAACAAAUUAUGUAUAAGAUUAUGGUUUUCAAGUGAUGUGCUUCAAUAGCAACGGAUGACGACUUCUGUGGCACAUCACUUCCUCAUAUUUACUAACACGCACUAAAAACGCGAAACACUGUUAAACGUAGCAACACGUCUUAGGUUUAAGAAGAACAAAACGAUUCCUACUCUAAAGCAAACUCACGGGAGAGUUUGGAAACCUUCUUCCCAGUGUCUUCCUAUCACUACUUUUAAAAAUUUUAACCUAUCGUGUCCUUGAUUUUAUGAUUUACACCAUGUUAUACCUAAUAGAUACCCAACCACCAAGCAAAUGUUGUCGAACAAUCAGUCAAUGUGUGAUUUCUUUUGUUACAUCAUGUUUUACCAAGAAGUCGUUUCGUUCCACGGCGGCAAUUGAUGACCCCACUGUCGAAUUUUAUAUCAAUGUCUUGUCGACCUAUUCGUUUUUCCUUUAAAAUUUUUAAAAUAAUCAUAUUUGUGCCCUACCUUUCCUAGACCGACUUCCCAAAUCCCAAUUGCCAUAUUCUUUGUUCGGUGCAAUUCUCAUCUAGUUUAUCUGUUUGAUUUCGAUUUGGUCGGUUGCUUUAAAUAAUUGUUGUUUA